AUGACCAUCCACCAGACGAGAGGCGCCGCCCUCAAGGAGUCAUACGAAUGGAUCCUCCACCAUCCCCAGUUCCAGCGUUGGUGCAACAACAACAACAACAACAACAACAACAACAACAACAACAACAGCCAGGUUCUUUGGAUUAAGGGGGACCCCGGUAAGGGCAAGACGAUGCUGCUCUGUGGCAUUAUCGACGAACUUGGCCCGACCACGAAACUGGAAGAUCCCCUAGCUAAGACAUUCCUGUCUUUCUUCUUCUGUCAAGCCACAGUUCCCAAGCUGAGUAACGCUCAUGCUGCCCUGCGCGGUUUGGUCUAUAUGCUUGUGGACACACAGCCAUCAUUCCUCUCCCUUAUACAGAAAAAAUUCAAAGAAAACGGGGAGCCACAAUUCGGGGAUAUGGAAGCAUGGGCUGCACUGUGCGUUAUGUUCUUGAAUAUCUUACGGGAAGCCAGCUCAGACAGGAUCUAUAUCGUCGUUGAUGCUCUCGACGAAUGCGUGCAGGACCAAGACAAGCUCUUACAGUUUAUUCUCCAAGGGACGAGGGAGUUCCCGCACGUCAAAUGGAUCAUUUCCAGCCGGAACCAUGUUGAGCAGCGGACAAGGCUUGACGACUCGCAAUCUAUACUGAGCCUGGAACUUCAGGAGAAUGCAGAAUCUGUGUCUGUGGCUAUUGGAGCUUACAUUUCCGACAGGAUAGCGGAGCUUGAAUCUCUACAGAACGAUGAUGCCUUGCUAGAAUAUGUCCAGCAGACCCUCCAGAAGAAAGCCGAAGGAACGUUUCUCUGGGUGGCUCUCGUGGUCCAGGAACUCCAGCAUGUCGACAGCUGGGAUGUGGAGCAGGUGGUGGACGAUGUACCGACCGGGCUGGAUGAUCUAUAUGCGCGAAUGAUAGACCAGAUCAACAAACUGGCCGGGAAAAGCAGAGAGUACUGUCAGCUGGUCCUAUCAGCGACCGCAUUGGCCUAUCGGCCGCUUCAGCUGCUGGAACUGGGGGUAGUGUCUGGACUCCCAGAUAAGAUCGCUGGAAACGCCAACAACAUAGAGACGAUUGUCAAGAGGAGCGGGUCCUUCCUCACGAUUCGCGACAAGACAAUCUACUUUGUGCAUCAAUCCGCCAAGGACUAUGUGAUAGAAAAGGCUGGCCUGAGCAUAUUCCCCUCUGGGUCUAUGGCUGCUCACGGCCGUAUGUUCACAAAAUCACUGCAAGUCAUGGACAAGGUAUUGCGGCGUGAUAUGUACAGCCUGGGCGCCUUAGGCACUCCUAUCAACCAGUCCCAACCGCCGCCAGAUCCGCUCGCAGUCGCACGCUACUCCUGCGUUUACUGGGUAGACCAUCUAGAACAAUCUGGAUCAUACGAAGAACUUCAGGUCGUUGGCACCGUCGACGCAUUCCUCCGAAGCCGAUGUCUCUACUGGCUUGAGGCACUGAGUCUUUUUCGAAGCGUGACAGAUGGAAUCAUGGCGAUACAGAAACUUGGGGCUCUGCUACAGGGGCGAUCAGGAGCAGCCGGAUUGCAAGAUCUGGUCCAGGAUGCGUACCGAUUUAUACGGUACCAUCGAGGCGCAAUCGAGGACAGCCCUCUUCAGGCGUACGGGUCGGCGCUGGUGUUCAGCCCACCGCGGAGUAUGAUCAAGCAGCUGUUCCAGCAGGAGGGGCCCAAUAAUAUUAUCGCGAUCGCGCCGCAGAUGGCAGACGACUGGGAUGCGCACACCGGGGCCUGCCUGCAGACGCUGGAGGGCCAUGACAGCUAUGUAUACUCAGUGGUGUUCUCCCACGACAGCAGCCGCGUCGCGUCCGGGUCGGAGGACAAGACGAUCAAGAUCUGGGAUGCGCACACCGGGGCCUGCCUACAGACGCUAGAGGGCCAUGGCAGCUAUGUAUACUCAGUGGUGUUCUCCCACGACAGCAGCCGCGUCGCGUCCGGGUCGGACGACAAGACGAUCAAGAUCUGGGAUGCGCACACCGGGGCCUGCCUGCAGACGCUGAAGGGCCAUGAUAGCUGGGUCAACUCAGUGGUGUUCUCCCACGACAGCAGCCGCGUCGCGUCCGGGUCGGAGGACAAGGCGAUCAAGAUCUGGGAUGCGCACACCGGGGCCUGCCUGCAGACGCUGAAGGGCCAUGAUGAUUGGGUCAAAUCAAUGGUGUUCUCCCACGACAGCAGCCGCGUCGCGUCCGGGUCGUUUGACAAGACGAUCAAGAUCUGGGAUGCGCACACCGGGGCCUGCCUGCAGACGCUGAAGGGCCAUGAUGAUUGGGUCAAAUCAGUGGUGUUCUCCCACGACAGCAGCCGCGUCGCGUCCGGGUCGGACGACAAGACAAUCAAGAUCUGGGAUGCGCACACCGGGGCCUGCCUGCAGACGCUGAAGGGCCAUGAUUAUUGGGUCAAAUCAGUGGUGUUCUCCCACGACAGCAGCCGCGUCGCGUCCGGGUCGUUUGACAAGACGAUCAAGAUCUGGGAUGCGCACACCGGGGCCUGCCUGCAGACGCUGAAGGGCCAUGAUCGGGAAGUCAACUCAGUGGUGUUCUCCCACGACAGCAGCCGCGUCGCGUCCGGGUCGUUUGACAAGACGAUCAAGAUCUGGGAUGCGCACACCGGGGCCUGCCUGCAGACGCCGAAGGGCCAUGAUAGCUGGGUCAACUCAGUGGUGUUCUCCCACGACAGCAGCCGCGUCGCGUCCGGGUCGGAGGACAAGACGAUCAAGAUCUGGGAUGCGCACACCGGGGCCUGCCUGCAGACGCUGAAGGGCCAUGACAAUUGGGUCAAAUCAGUGGUGUUCUCCCACGACAGCAGCCGCGUCGCGUCCGGGUCGGACGACAAGACAAUCAAGAUCUGGGAUGCGCACACCGGGGCCUGCCUGCAGACGCUGAAGGGCCAUGACAAUUGGGUCAAAUCAGUGGUGUUCUCCCACGACAGCAGCCGCGUCGCGUCCGGGUCGUUUGACAAGACGAUCAAGAUCUGGGAUGCGCACACCGGGGCCUGCCUGCAGACGCUGAAGGGCCAUGAUCGGGAAGUCAACUCAGUGGUGUUCUCCCACGACAGCAGCCGCGUCGCGUCCGGGUCGUUUGACAAGACGAUCAAGAUCUGGGAUGCGCACACCGGGGCCUGCCUGCAGACGCUGAAGGGCCAUGAUGAUUGGGUCAAAUCAGUGGUGUUCUCCCACGACAGCAGCCGCGUCGCGUCCGGGUCGGACGACAAGACGAUCAAGAUCUGGGAUGCGCAGACCGGCGCCUGCCUGCAGACCCUCAGCAUCGGCUCUUCUGUGAUCAAUCUUUCUUUCGACGCCACCGGUUCUUCUCUUCACACUAACAUUGGAAUUGUUUCCCUUCGCGACUCGCCGGCACCUACCCCUACGAAUUCGACAGACGCUACUGCUUCAGAACUCCAAUCACUCAGGGCGAGUCAACUAUCGCAAAGCCCUGAAUAUCAAGGCUACGGUAUCAGUUCUGAUAGGUUCUGGAUCACACGGCGUUCACAGAGCUGGCUAUGGCUGCCUCCCACAUAUCGCCCAACCUGUUCGGCUGUAGGGCAGUCUGGGUUAGCCUUGGUGCUUGGCUGCCGGUCUGGACGCGUGCUGAUCUUUGGAUUCGUGCCUGAUGAUUCCAACUGA